UUUAANAAAAAAUGACAAGAGGAUAUUCAUUAGAACAAGAUUUAAGAUUAUUAAUAAAUAAUCCAAAGUAUAGUGACAUAGAAAUUUUAUGUGAAGAUGAAAAGAAAUUACAUGGUUGUAGAGCAAUUUUAGCAGCAAGGUCCGAAGUAUUUGAUAGACUACUUUAUAAUGGAAUGAAAGAAAGUUAUGAUAAUCAAAUAUCUCUUCCAAAGGUCAAUUCCGCUGGAAUGGAAAUUAUAUUAGAAUAUAUUUAUACAGGUUCAGUUAAAGAAGAAUCUUUAACAAAAAAUAAUACAAUUGAAGCUUUUUACGCUGCUGAUUAUUUUCAGUUAUUAGACCUUCAGGAUUGUAUUACAAAAAUAGUUAAGAAUACUAAUUUAGUUAAAAAUUUUUCGCCGGAAUUAUUAUCUAAAGUUUCAGAAAAAAUGCCAUUAACAGAAGAUAAUAAACUUCUCAAUUUAUUGGUUGAAGCAGUCUCAAUUAUUCCAUUAAACAAUAUUGAACUUGGCAGAUUGUCUAUUACGGGUCUUAAAUAUCUUUUAUCUAUUACACAUGAAAAAGAAAUGUCUUUUGCAACUCGGGAGUAUGAAGUUUUUCGGUAUAGUGCAAUGCUAGCAGCAAAACAAGUUUCUAAUGAUGCAUAUAAAACUCUUAAGGAACUACUGCCAACUUUAGAACAAGUAGAGAAUUCAAUCAAAGUAGGAAAUAAGUUUAUUACCGAUCGGCAAAAAGUUGCUAAAGAAUUAGAACCUUUGGUUAAAUUUAUUGAUUUCAGAAGAAUUAAAAUUCAGAUAUUAUCCGACUUUAUUGAGCCAUUAGAAAUUAUUAUCCCAGAUAAAAUAAUUUCUGAUGCUUAUCGAUAUGUAGCAUUAUUAAAUAAUUUAAGUUUGUGUGAUAUUCGUGGAAAACCAAUUUAUGAACCCAGUUAUGUUUUUGAUGAGACAGCAAGUGGAUCAAAACUUAUUGUUGAAGAUAAUGGAAAAAUUGUGCAUGCACCAAAUGGUGUCGGUCAUCAAAAUGUUAGAACUAAAAUAGCAUUAGAAAAUAAAGGUAUUUUUGAAUGGGAUGUAAUUAUUGAGAAAACUUGUACGUGGGGUUGGGUUGGAGUAUGUGCGUCAAAAAAUUUAAAUUAUGAAAGCUUUGCAGGAUUUCAACCUACUGGAUGGACAUUAGGUUCCAAUGGUGAGUGUUAUAAUUCUCAUAAAGCAGUAAAGUACUGUCCUCCAUUUGGUGAUGGCACAAUAAUCACAGUCCAUUUAGAUAUGAAUAAAAGAACCUGCGCUUUUACAGUCAAUGUUACAAAGUAUCAGGAAGUAUCAGAAUGGAAUAAUUUACCACCAAAACUUUAUCCAGUCGUAUCAUUGUGUCAUCCUGGUCGUUUUCGAAUUCAACCUCAUCAAAAAAAUUAGAAUAUUUAUUACAAAUUUUAUUUAUUAUAUGUAUAACUUUUUUUUUAACUUUUUUGAAUAAAUUAUUUAUGAAUUACACUCUGUACUAAUUAAAUUCAGUUGUUAAACAAAAAAGUAAAAUUUUUAUAUUCUCGUAACAU